AUGCAAGAAGAAAACUCCACUUUUAAUUCACUUAUCCAAAAAUUGGCAGGCAAGAAUAUAAUUGUAACCGAACAUGAGCCUGUAAGAACCAGUGAAGAAGCAGCAGCUAUUAGAGGAACAAGUUUAGAAAGCGGCGCUAAAGCUAUGCUUCUCUGUACUUCAGGAAUAAUGGUUUUAGCUGUUAUGUCAGCUUCAAGGAAGCUCGACUGGAAAUUAAUGAAGAAAAUAGUAGGAGUAAGAGAAAUAAGAUUUGCAACUGAAGAAGAAGUCAAUAGCCGCACAAGGUGCAUUCCUGGAGCUGUACCUCCUUUUGGGAGCCUUUGGGGAAUUCAGACUUAUAUGGACAAUUCAUUGCAAUUGCAAGGAACAACGAUCAAUUUCAAUGCAGGAUUGAGAACUAAAUCCGUAUCCAUGAGCUUAGAAGAUUAUUUGGAAGUUGAAAGACCAAUAGUUGGAAAUUUUACAAAAGCAUAA